UUGUAAACUAAUCAAUUUAUUUAAUAACGUACAACUGAUAGUCGCAAGUUUCAUAACUAUUCAAAGUCCGUUGGAAAUCACAUAUUGAACGUAAUUUUUCGUGUUAUAAGAUGUCAGAUAUUAUUGAAGUUUCUAGCAACAAAAUUUUUGGUGGAUGGCAAAAGGUUUAUUCGCAUGAGAGCUAUGAACUAGGAUGUAGAAUGAAUUUCGGAAUUUUUCUUCCAUCACAAGCGGAAGAAAGUCCUGUACCAGUUAUUUAUUGGUUAUCUGGCUUAACAUGUACAGAAACUAAUUUUGUACAGAAAGCAGGUGCACAAAAAUAUGCUUCUGAACAAGGGGUAGUUUUAGUUGCACCUGAUACUAGUCCUCGCAAUCUUAAUAUACCUGAAGAAGAUAAAGACUGGGACUUUGGAACUGGUGCUGGUUUUUAUAUUGAUGCAACAACUGAACCAUGGAAAAGGAAUUACAGAAUGUAUAGUUAUGUAACUAAGGAACUACCAGCUUUAAUUAAUGAUAAAUUUCCCAUUUUAUCAGAUAAACAAUCCAUAAUGGGUCAUAGUAUGGGCGGACAUGGAGCCUUAAUAUGUGCUUUAAAAAAUCCUGGCUUAUAUAAAACAGUAUCUGCUUUCGCACCUAUAAGUAAUCCAAUUUCAUCUCCAUGGGGGAGAAAAGCUCUCUCUGGUUAUCUGGGUGGAACAGAAACUAAUGCUCUAUGGAAAGAUUGGGAUGCCACAGAAUUGGCUAAAAAAUACAAUGGACCUCCUUUGGAUAUAUUAGUUGACCAGGGAAAAGAAGAUAGGUUUUUGAAAGAUGGGCAAUUACUACCAGAAAAUUUACUAUCAGCUGCAAAAGAUGCUGGAUUACCUUUAGUUCUUAGAUUUCAAGAAGGUUAUGAUCAUAGUUAUUUUUUUAUAUCUACGUUCAUAGAAGAUCACAUUAAGCAUCAUGUAAAAUAUCUUAAAUCUUAAUUCAAUUUAUGUACUUAUUUCUUCGUAAUGUUUUUAAUAUCGAAAAAUAAAAUGUUACUAUAAUAAUGAUAAUAAUAACAGCACAAAAUAUAAUAUCUAUAAUAUAAUUUAAAGAAAAACAUUUUAAUUUGAUAUAUUAUGCAAGUAAAAAUAAUUUCUUAUUGUUGUGCUAUAUGUGAGAAGUGUCACGAAACUGGACGAGUUUCGAUAAGAGUCCGAAAAUUCGAUCCAGAUGUUUCUAUAUUGUUCAGGAUGCCGUAACUUUAAUUAGGAUAUAAAGAAACGUCUAAUUUUGUAUUGAUUCGGCAUUUAACUAUUGUGGUCGAUUCGAAACGAAUCUCAAUAUCUUAACUGUAUCAUACUGUAAUUUUUCCGAUCCAUACUAAACUUGUACAUCCUGAAUUAUAUGUGCUUUUCCUUACUAUCAAA